UUCUCCUACAAAUGCAUGUUGGUGUUGGUGAUGGUGUUGCCGUUCCGGUUUCGCUGACGCGGAUUCCGCGAUUGCGACAGGCUUCGAUCUGCUCAGUCCUCCUUCUCUACGAGGCUGCCGGGGACCGUUCAAAACCUUGGCUAGUCUCCCCGCAGUUUUGAUUCAUCGCGCACACGGUGACAGUGAAGCAUCUCCAGAGGAGAGUUAGCAAUUUUUCGCGUCGCUGGAAGGGCAGGAUUAGGUCAAUCGCGUGGUGAUUGUAGCGUCAAGAGCUCUAGUUGUGCAUGGCGACUGCGGUGGUGCAUGGCAUGGCUUCGGCCCAGGGUUUUUCUGCGCUUGUUGGCGGAGCGGAGUUGGUGCAGUCGCCUGCUCCACCGUCUUUUUCGAGUUUUUCGGGAUUGAGAGUGCGUAGGAAUGGGGAGCAUGAAGCUCAGGUUUCGUCGAGCAGAGGCGCUGCGGUCGGUACUCUUCGCGUUCGUGCCGUGGCUACGCCUGUGAGACCGCCGACAACGAUGCCACCGAAACGGAGCAAGGUGGAAAUCAUCAAGCAAAACAGUGAUUUUUUGCGGCAUCCUUUGAAAGAGGAGCUUGAAACAGAGGCACCUAAUGUGAAUGAAGACGCUGUCCAGCUUAUCAAAUUUCACGGGAGCUACCAACAAGACAACCGCGAGUUGAGGGGUCCGGGUCACAAGGCUUAUCAGUUCAUGCUUAGGACCAAAAACCCUUCAGGCAUUGUUCCCAACCGUCUGUACUUGGUCAUGGAUGAGCUCGCUGACAAGUAUGGCAUUGGCACCCUGCGUCUGACGACGCGUCAGACCUUCCAGCUUCACGGUGUUCUAAAGACCGAUUUGAAGACUGUUAUGAGCAGCAUAAUCAAGAAUUUGGGGUCGACGCUCGGGGCUUGUGGGGACGUGAACAGAAACGUUUUGGCCCCUGCAGCACCUUACAAAUCAAAGGAGUACGUCCACGCACAGGAACUGGCUAGCAAGUUAGCAAUGCUUUUGGCUCCCCAAGCUGGGGCAUACUAUGAUAUCUGGGUGGACGGUGAAAAGAUCACUCAAGAUGAGCCCGAGGAUGUCACAAUUGCCCGCAAUGACAACUCGUAUGGCACGAACUUCGACAAUUCCCCUGAGCCUAUCUAUGGAGUCCAAUUUUUGCCCAGAAAGUUCAAGAUUGCAGUUACUGUACCCGGCGACAAUUCGGUUGAUGUAUUGACAAACGACAUCGGCAUUGUCGUAAUCAGCGAUGAACAUGGAGACGUACAAGGCUACAAUAUUUAUGUUGGAGGAGGCAUGGGUCGAACGCACAGAAACGAGCAGACCUUCCCACGACUGGCGGACGAAUUAGGCUAUGUAUCCAAGGAUGAUAUACUGUACGUUGUGAAGGCAAUAGUGGCCACGCAGCGUGACUAUGGCCGCCGGGAUGAUCGUAGAAUGUCUCGCAUGAAAUAUGUGGUUGAGGAGUGGGGAAUUCACAAAUUCAAAACAGUAGUGGAGCAGUAUUUUGGCAAGCACAUUCAACCUUUCAAGGAGCUUCCUCCCUUCCAGUUCCAAAGCUACUUGGGCUGGCAUGAACAGGGCGACGGCAAUGUAUUUUUCGGCUUGCAUGUUGAGAAUGGUCGGAUCAAAGGCGAGGCAAAGAAGGCUCUCAGGGAGGUGAUUGAGAAGUUCAAGCUGGAUGUUCACAUUACCCCCAAUCAAAAUCUUAUCCUAUGCAACGUUCGACCCUCGUGGAAGGCGCGCAUCACCAGGGCGCUUGCUAAUGUUGGACUUCUGGCUCCUAAAUUUGUGGACCCAUUGAACAUCACAGCCAUGGCAUGCCCAGCUUUGCCGCUGUGCCCGCUUGCAAUUGCCGAAGCCGAACGCGGAGCACCCGAUAUUCUUAAGAGGGUUCGAGCAAUGAUGGAUAAGGUAGGGUUGAAAGCUUCAGAAUCGUUGGUGGUGCGAAUUACAGGGUGCCCCAACGGCUGUGCUCGCCCUUACAUGGCAGAGCUUGGGUUGGUUGGUGAUGGGCCCAACAGCUAUCAGAUAUGGCUGGGUGGAGCUUCGAACCAGACUAGGUUAGCAGAGACUUUUAUGGAUAGAGUAAAGUUGGAUAAGCUGGAAUCGGUUCUGGAACCUGUCUUCUACAUGUGGAAGAGUGAAAGGCACGAGAAGGAAGGCUUCGGUGACUUUGUUUACCGACAGGGGUUCGGUGCUUGUAAAACGUACAUCGAGAAUUAUACAGGGCCUCGCAAACCAGUUCGAAGAGGUGGCUUGUUUCUGGAUGCGGAUGUUCAUUCGAGUCUAGCAAAACUUGCAGCGGAUGAAGGAUUGACAGUGUCAAAGUUCGCAUCCAAGGUUUUGGCUGAACACCUAGAGAAGGCACAGCAUUAGGUUUCGUGUGCACAGAUAGGUUACCUUCAUUGAAAGAUGGUGAAGAACGUAGUCUGCUGGAUGCAGGCAUCUUUUUGCUACUGUUGAGCUUAGUUCUCGUGCACUGCCAGGGGUUGCAAUGUGCUUACCAGAUUUGACACAUUUGUCACAAGUAAGGGUGAUGGUUCCUUGUGGGAAGCAUUCAGGGAACAGAUGCUAGAAUUCUGUUAAUCCUUUAAAGAUAUUAAACAUAUUCUUCUCUUCCCUUGUUAUCUUUUUGAUC